AUGGCAGAAAGACAUACCGUUUCAAAGAUACUGUUUGUACUCUUCCGUCUCGGAGAGUUCAUCAGUGCUGUCAUAGUUUUGGGCAUCCUGAGCCGAUUCACCUACUUGGCUAAUCUUGCCGGCGUACAUGUCGAUGGCCGUAUCAUCUACACUAUGGUCACUGCCUGUCUUGGUAUUGUGUACACGAUCCUUCUAUGCAUCCCUAUCGGUCCUCUCGUUGUCACCUUCCCAUUCGACACGGUCCUCUUUAUCAUGUGGCUCGUGGCCUUCUGCCUCUUGGAAAGUAGAACUGGAAUUCAUGCUUGCAGCUCCGGGUGGUACAACAACUACUGGGGAUACUACUGGGGUCGAUGGUGGCGUACUGGCCCAGUCGGAGUUGUGCGUGUCAAUAAUGCCGGCUGCUCCGAUUAUAGGACGGUUCUAGCGUUUGCGUUCAUUGCUAGUAUGAUCCAUAUCGGCAGUACCCUUCUGGUUCGUCCAUUAUCUUAUUUUCUCGUCGUUUAA